ACACUUCUAUAAAUCCAAACCAAAAUGCUUACUAUGAAUUAAUGCAAACUUCAAUUCAGAAACAAAACUAUGUCAAGUUCAAGACCAUUAGUGAUAUCAAUGACGCUGCAAAAGCCAGAAUUAGUAAUUCCAGCAACAGCAACACCUCGUGAGAGAAAACAUCUUUCUGAUAUAGAUGAUCAAGGGAGUCUUCGUUUCCAAGUUCCCAUAUUAAUGUUUUACAAAUAUAGUCCUUCAAUGGAAGGCAAAGAUCCUGCAAAAGUUAUUAAAGAGGGACUAUCAAAGACACUUGUGUUUUACUAUCCAUUCGCUGGUAGAAUCAUUGAAUUAAUGCCUGAUAGGAAGCUUGUUGUGGAUUGUAAUGGUGAAGGAAUCUUGUUUGUAGAAGCUGAUGCCCAAGUGGAGCUUGACAAGUUAGGAGACUCCAUUAAACCACCAUGUCCAUACUUGGAUCAACUGCUAUAUAAUGUGCCUGGUUCUGCUGCUAUCAUUGGCUGCCCUCUUUUGUUAGUUCAGGUGACCCGUUUUAGCUGUGGGGGAUUUGCUGUUGGAUUCAGAUUAAAUCACACUAUGACGGAUGCCUAUGGCAUAAAAUUGUUUCUAAAUGCCUUAACUGAAUUGAUCCAAGGAGCUUCAACACCUACUAUAUUACCCGUAUGGCAAAGGCAUCUCUUAAGUGCUAGAUCAUCCCCAUGCAUUACAUGUACGCACCAUGAGUUUGAUGAUCACAAAAGCAAUAAUAUUAAUGCAUGGGAUCAAGACUAUACUAACUUGAUACAACACUCAUUCUUCUUUGGAAAUAAAGAGAUGGAAGCAAUUCAAGAUCAAGUUUCUCCAAACCAACGUGCAAUUUAUACAAAAUUCGAGCUAUUAGUCGCGUUUUUAUGGAAGUGUCGUACGAUUGCUCUUGGUCUGCAUCCCGAAGAGAUUGUCCAUUUGACUUACCUUGUUAAUGUACGUGGAAAAUCACUAAAAUUCGAACUUCCAUUUGGAUACUAUGGGAAUGCAUGGGUUUCUCCGGCAGCAGUAUCAAAAGCAGGAUUGCUAUGUUCAAGUCCUUUAACGUAUGCAGUUGAUUUGGUUAAGAACGUUAAAGAUCAAAUGAACGAAGAAUACGUCAGAUCAGUGGCGGAUUUAAUGGUGAUUAAAGGGAGACCGGAGUUGACAAAAUCUUGGAAUUUUAUUAUUUCGGAUAAUAGAUCUGCUGGAUUUGAUGAAGUAGAUUUUGGAUGGGGAGUGCCCAUUUUUGGAGGGGUUCCAAAAGCUAUAUCUGUGAUCAGCUUUUGUCUUCCUCUUAAAAAUAACAUGGGAGAAAAAGGUAUUUUGAUAGCUAUAAGUUUGCCUCCACUGGCCAUGAGAAAAUUUCAAGAGAUUGUACAAGAUACUUGUAACGAUCCAAAAUUCCAACCCGUCAUGAUGACGCCUAACAUACCGGCUAGGAGAGCCAAAAUAUAACAACAAAGGACUAGAACAACAUAUAGUAGACAUGUUAUAAUGUUCAGCUGCUAAUUUUGCAACUGUUUUCUUAGUCUGGUUGUACUCCAUCUUCAACAGUAAUUAGAGUUCAAUAUCAAGAAUAAUUCUUCAAGCUUUA